CCCAUUUUCAGCAUAGGUGCCAGUCAAACCAGCUCUAUUCCCAACCCUUCUCUGGACGUUUCUGAUGUUUUAACUCAAUGCCGUUUGGCAACCUCGUUACCCACGUUGAUAUUCCUACGUCUCCGGUUACAUUGUCAUGGCCUAGAAUGAUUGAAUGAAAUACAGUUUGUGAUAUCGUCAUUAUUAACAUAGCAGCUACUAUGGCGCCCAAUCGAAAGCCCAAAGUCGCGAAUAGUGCCAACGCUCGGAGGCGGGCCACCCUUGGACCUGUCUCCAGUCAAGGUAUUGUUUCACGUAAUACCGUAUCUCAGCGAAGCUCGAUGCGGCGAGCAAUCCGAGAGAGUCGCAUUGGUCAUGCUGCUGUUCUCGCCACUGGUCGUGAUCUAUUAACAACUCCGCCAAUUACGCCAUCUGUUUCUGUUGACAAGAAGUCGAUGCCAUCGCCAACCACGGCACGCACGCAGUCCAGCACGUCGUCUACAUCUAUACCGAGAACCCCUCCCGACCGGAUUGGUCUCAUUGCCUCGACCACCACUCCACCACCAGCCCCCAAUCCUCGGGCACGUCAGGUGGGGCGGCGGCCGCGACAAAUCGCGGAAUUUAUGGACGCUGGGCAUAGUUCUCACAAUGGUCGUGAAGUCGAUGUUAGUCGUGCGCAAAUGGUAGCCAGUGAGGCACAGGACAGCGGCAUUUUCACCGGACGCCCAGGCUGGUAUCGCAUUCGGUCAAUCAUCGCCGAAGCCCAUGCACAUGACAACCGACUCCUCUAUUUAGUCGAUUGGACAGGGUACGAUUACCGAACCGGCAUGGCAUGGCCGAGUUCUUGGAUUGACGCCCGAUACGUCACGACGGCUGCCAUCAACGAAUGGCAGAGAGUCACGGCAUUCCAACCCUCAACCGGCAAUUCCUAAGAAACGCAAACGGCUGAACUCGAAUACGCAUUAUGAUAGAGGUGGAAACACAGACCUGAAGGUUAACUUAGCUUCUUGUAUUAUUCACAAGAAACAAUUUUCAGAUCAGCUGCAAUGCCUACCUAGGUAGGUAUAUGUAAUGAUAAUGAUCUUUUAAAACUUCGUUUGCCUAUCUAGGUAGGCACCUAGUGGGAUUCGAGCC